ACGUCAUGACGGUCCGGUCUCUAAUGGCUGAACAACAACAACUAAAGGCGAGAGACAAACUUUACCAAACUUGUAAAGGGGCAAAAGAAACUUUUGAAUUAUAUAUAGAAUCGACUGUGUAACGGUCAAGGUCUGUUUGUCUUUUCUUUUUGACAUUACAAAUGUGGAGUUACUGAUGGAUCCGAGAUAUGACAUACCGCGGAGGGCCGCCGGUGGUGGCGGGGGAUCCGCGAACUCGUCCCCCGCUCUGGGGGCUCAGUCGCGCCGCAGGAAGAUGCCACCCAGGCCCGCUGACUUUAAACUUCAAAUUAUCAUUAUUGGGUCCCGUGGUGUGGGUAAAACCAGCCUCAUGGAGAGAUACACUGACGACACUUUCUGCGAAGCUUGCAAGUCGACAGUAGGAGUUGACUUUAAGAUCAAGACAGUGGAGCUAAGAGGGAAGAAGAUCAGACUACAGAUAUGGGACACUGCUGGGCAGGAGCGGUUCAACAGCAUCACAUCAGCCUACUACAGAAGUGCAAAGGGAAUAGUGCUGGUGUAUGAUAUCACAAAGCAGGAGACCUUUGAUGACCUGCCAAAGUGGAUGAAGAUGAUAGACAAGUAUGCGUCAGAGGAAGCCGAGCUUCUGCUGGUCGGGAACAAGCUGGACUGUGAGAGUGAUCGGGUCAUCUCCAAACAACAGGGAGAGAGGUUUGCCUCAAGAAUAAGUGGAAUGCGUUUCUGCGAAGCUAGUGCCAAGGAUAAUUUCAAUGUAGACGAGAUCUUCCUGAAGCUUGUGGACGACAUACUUAGCAAGAUGCCUCUUGAAGUUCCCAACAAGGAGCUUUCCAACAGCGUCCUGUCUCUGCAGCCUGAACCGGAAGUGCCUCCGGAGUUGCCGCCUCCUCGCAUGCGCUGUUGCUGAGAGUCGGAGUGGUUCCCCAAUCCUUUACACACCUACAAACACACACACACAAUGCACAAACUUGGCUCACACAUGCAGAGUACCAAUCUGGCCACUGGAGGGCAGCAAACAGCAGCAGUUAGGAGCUACUGAUUGACGCAUGGACUCUGAACAACCAGUAUUAUCAUCCCAUUUCCUUUCCUGUUUUGUAACUGCACACUAACUCUUAGGCCUGGUGAUUCACCCACUUCCUACCACCUGUCUGUCUACACUCGACCCAGACUACCUCAUUCCUCUGACCGUAAGACUAGCUGUGCCCCGCAGGUGCCUUGGAGGUAGAGAGCCCUCCGGUAGCAGUUGCACAUUUACAAGGAGAGGGAUUACUGAGGGCCUUACAGCUUCUUUUCUCCUUGUUUUCUAUUAAUAAACAGCCACCAUAAUACUUUACACUGAGGUUGACGCUGUCUGAGUUGCCCUGAUUAUCUGGUAUCUCUGCAUCCUGUUACAGAAAAAAGGGACAACAGAAUCCCACAUCUCUGCAGCUUAGUUUCUUGGUGUAGGUACAUGAGUUUUAUAUUCUUAUUAAUAGGUAUAUUUACCAUAAGAGGAGUUGACUUGAGGUAAACAAAAGCACAUGAUGUAAAUAUGCUGUGUUGCUGUAACGACUGGACAAGGUGCAGAUUUCUGUGGCCAGCAGAUGGUGGUUGUGGUGAUCAUAUCGGUUUGUAUUCCUUUGCCUUAAGGUAAUAAAGAGGCUGGAAUGGAUCAUUUCCCAUUUGUAUAAAUUGUAAUGUUUUGCACUACAAUCCCUCUUAGUUAAGCUGACAUGAAGAAAAAUAAAGUCAAUGACUUGUAGUUUAGCGCCAUUAAAAAUAAUGCUGCCUCGGAAGUAGCCCUACUCUUGAUGGCAAUGCAAAGAGAAAUGGGUAAUGUAGUCUUUGAGAGAUAUAUUGAUUCCCCAAGGCAUCCUCCCUGUGUGAUGCUGACUUUUUAGAGUAAAUGGGGGCUAUGCAUAGCUAGUAAACCCACACCACUGGUGGUAGCCUUCGCUUUGGUUGUGUACUAAUAUAGCAAAUUGAUUUUUUUAUGUUUUUUUUCUUUGAAUUGAGAUACAGCUGAGAGAUAUAAGUUAUGCAGGAAGAUUGUGAGUGGCUAAAGACUGUUUUGUCAGCUUGUUUUGGCAAGCUUUUUAAUUUGCUUUAGUGUUAUAUAACAAAAAGAGUACAGUUACUUAAAAAUGUAGCUUAAAGGGAAAAUUAUUGAUUUACAGAAGGAGUUUUGAAUUAAGGAUUUGGACGUCUAAGCUCAACAUAAUACAAAAAUUACCUGCAAAUAGGCAAAAACACUAAGCUAAUAAAUAUAGCAAGCCCUGCUAUCCUAACAGAGAUUAGUGAUCCUUUAAUUCUUCCGUCUUUGUCAGUAAAUUAAUGCAAUAUUAGCAAUGUAGCACUGAGUCUUUCUGUUUUGUUUGUACGUAUUAAAAGCCUGAGUGCAAGGUUGAAGAAGGACAAGCCCUGGGUGAAAAAUUACCCGCUGUUGGUUAAUUCUGUUUUUGUUGAAGAUUUAUGUUAAGCCCAAGCAGCUUUUGUGGACUUAAAAGGGCACAUUUUUGUAGUCUAACAGGUGAAUAGUUAACACAGCAAAACAAAACAACUGUUACUGACAUACAGCCACAUCUCACAUUGAGUUUCUCAGCCAGCAAAUUUUAAUACAGACAUUUCCGAUCUUAUUUCAAACCACAAACUUCUCCAUAUUUUCUUUUCUGGAAUCAAACCUUCUUGAUUCUCCUCUUGUCUUUUAGUUUUGGCACUAACCCUGUGGUCUUUGUUAUUAAUAUCCAAGCCUUAUACUACUCAGUGUUUGAAAUAUACAUUUUAAAAAUAUGGGUUUUAUUUGAAAUGUGUAUCAUUGAAGAUGGAAGACUGUACUUUGUAUUAAACUUGUUAAAAGUCUUUGAAAAGUUUUGGCAUGUUAAAAGCAGAUUUGUGGUAUUUAUAACUUGUGGCAUUCUCAAACUAAUGAAAUGCAAUUAAAGACAUCUAUAUUUAUUACCA